UGCGCUUAUCUACCUGUGGAAAUAAUUAUUUCAGUGUAAUUUAUUCGACGAAUGAAGGAUAUUUGUAAAAAUGAAAAUACGAAAGAAGAAAGUGUUAUCAGAAAAAACAUAAUAUUGCAAAAGGAUAAAAACAAUUAAAAUUGGGAGAGUCUCUUGGCAAGAUAUCAUUAAAGUGAAAUAUUUUGUACAUACUCGUAUAUCCCAUAUGUACAUAUAUAUAGGCUUUGCAGUGACUACGUAGAAAAAUGGCGGGAAAGGAUGAAAAUGAUGCUCAAACAUCCAAUGCUGUGGACGACUUUUCAGAUGAAUUAGAUCAUGACAGCAAGAAAAGCAUUAAAUUUUUCAAACUAUAUCGUUUCUCAACAGGAUUUGAAAAUUUUUUACUUUUUAUUGGUUUUGUAAUGUCCAUUAUAAAAGCCCUUACGCUGCCAGCCGUUGUGAUUGUGUAUAGUGAAUUUACUUCAAUGUUAGUCGAUCGCACAUUGGCCAUUGGCACCAGUUCCAGGACAUUUGCUUUACCAAUUUUCGGUGGCGGUAGAAUGCUUACGAAUGCCACGAACGAGGAAAAUAUGUCAGAGCUGUAUAAUGAUUCUAUAUCAUAUGGGAUUCUCUUGACAAUCACAUCGAUAAUUAUGUUUAUAUCGGGUGUUCUGUCUGUAGAUAUGUUUAAUCUUGUAGCAUUGAGACAAGUAACGCGCAUGCGAAAAGUCUUAUUCGAAACCGUCAUUCGACAAGACAUUGCGUGGCAUGAUAUGGCGACUAAGCAAAAUUUCACUCAACAAAUUAUUGAUGAUGUAGAGAAGGUCAGGGACGGCAUAUCCGAAAAAGUUGCUCACUUUUUGUAUCUCAUAUUCGGCUUUAUCAUAACAAUAUGUAUAUCUUUUGCUUAUGGCUGGAAACUCACAUUGGCGGUUAGUGUUUAUAUACCGAUCGUUAUCCUUCUCAACUACUUCGUAGGAAAGUAUCAAGGUAAACUGACCAAAAGAGAGCAGGAAUCAUAUGCUGGCGCUGGUAAUAUUGUAGAGGAGGUUCUUUCUUCCAUCCGCACUGUAGUUGCAUUCGGCGCUGAGAAAAAGGAAUCAGAACGUUAUGAUAAUUAUUUGGUUCCUGCACGAAAGGCAAGUCAAAGCAAAGGUGCUUUCUCUGGCCUCAGUGACGGUGUCUUGAAGUCUUUGCUAUUUCUUUCCUGUGCUGGCGCUUUUUGGUAUGGUGUUAACUUAAUUCUCGACAAUAGAAAUUUGGAGGAUAAAGAAUAUACUCCUGCAAUUUUAAUGAUAGCAUUUUUUGGACUUAUUGUCGGUGCAGACAAUAUCGCACGGACCGCGCCAUUUUUGGAAUCGUUUGCGACAGCACGCGGUGCAGCUAUUAAUAUUUUCAAAGUUAUCGACACGAAAUCUAAAAUUGAUCCCUUAUCCAGCGAUGGCAAACUACUGAAUUACGGUCUACGGGGCGAGAUUGAAUUUAAGGACGUUUUCUUUCGAUACCCGACACGAGCGGAUGUUAUCGUUCACCGUGGUGUGAAUUUUAAGGUUAAUAACGGCCAAACUGUUGCACUCGUGGGUUCGUCUGGUUGUGGAAAAUCCACAUGUAUUCAAUUGUUGCAACGUUUUUACGAUCCAAUUUUCGGCUCAGUAACUUUAGAUGGCUUGGAUAUACGGAAAUAUAAUAUUCAUUGGUUAAGAUCCAACAUGGCAGUGGUUGGACAGGAACCCGUAUUGUUCCAGGGAACUAUUGCGGAAAAUAUUAGUUAUGGAAAAGCGAGUGCUACGCAACGGGAAAUAGAGGCAUCAGCCAAAGCCGCUGGGGUACAUGACUUUAUUUGUAGUUUGCCUGAGAGUUACCUCACUGUGAUAGGCGAAAAAGGUUCUCAACUUUCCGGUGGUCAAAAACAACGCAUAGCUAUAGCACGAGCUCUAAUACAGGAUCCAAAAAUAUUACUUCUGGAUGAAGCUACUUCGGCUUUGGAUUACCACUCUGAAAAGGAUAUCCAACAGGCUUUAGAUUUAGUGAGCAAGGGUCGUACAACUAUUGUGGUAUCUCAUCGCCUGUCAGCUAUUCGUGGUGCAGAUAAAAUAGUAUUUUUACAUGAAGGCAAAGUGUUCGAAGAGGGUUCACAUGAUGACCUUAUGACUUUAAAGGGAAUGUACUACAAUAUGGUACGUGCUGGCGAUAUCAAUGUUGCGGACGCUACUGAAGAAAAUGUCAUUGAGGAUAAGAAACUUAAUCUCAAUUCAUACGAGAAAUCCUUCGAAACAGAUUUAAUAAAUCUCGAAAAGAAUCACAUCUCAUAUGAGCAGCAGCCAAUCAUGCCUGUGAAAAACAAGGAAAAUAUAUCAGAAGACGAUGCCACCGGUGGGAAUUUCUUUUUGACUUUCAGACGAAUUCUCCAGCUAGCACGCCCGGAAUGGUGUAUGCUAGUAUGUGGUGCUGUUUGCGCUAUAGCUUUUGGCUUUACCUACCCAGCAUUUUCGGUUAUCUUUGGAGAGUUUUACGCUGCGCUGGCACAACCUGAUGCAGAGGUUGCAUUAGAUCGUACUUCGAUUCUAUCAAUAUUUUGCCUAAUUUUGGGCGCUUUAACUGGAGUUGGGUGUUUUCUACAAACAUACUUAUUCCAUUAUGCGGGCGUGUGGUUAACGACACGCAUGCGUUCAAUGGCUUUCAUGGCCAUAAUGCGCCAGGAAGCGGCUUGGUUCGACGAGGAGAGCAACUCCGUGGGUUCGUUAUCAGCUAGAUUGACUGGAGAUGCGUCUGGUGUGCAGGGAGCUAUUGGUUAUCCAUUAAGUGGAUUAUUGCAGGCAUUUUCUAAUUUUAUUAUUGCGUUCACAUUGUCGCUUUACUAUUGCUGGAAUUUGGCUUUGGUGUGUGUUUGUGCUUGUCCUGUUAUCGUUGGAUCCAUUAUUUUUGAAUCAAAAUUCAUGAGCGCUUCCUUGGUAUAUGAAAAGGCAGCAUUGGAAGAAGCAUCUCGCAUCGCGACAGAAGCCAUCACAAAUAUUCGCACAAUAGCAGGCUUACGUCGGGAAGCUCAGAUAAUCGAACGAUAUAAUUUGGAAAUUGACAAAGUUAAGGCUAUGAUUCAACAGAAAUUGAAAUAUCGUGGAUUAAUUAAUGCAUCCGGGCAAGCUUUUAUAUUUUUUGCCUAUGCAGUGGCACUGUGCUACGGCGGUGUACUUGUGUCUGAGGGAAAGGUUCCUUUUCAGGAUAUUAUCAAAGUAUCGGAAACACUUUUAUAUGGUUCCAUGAUGUUGGCCCAAUCGUUAGCUUUUGCACCAGCAUUUACUGCAGCAUUAGUGGCAGCACAUCGACUUUUCCAAAUCUUAGAUCGGACACCAAAAAUUUUGUCUCCACAUGGCCGAGAAAACAGAAGCAUAGACAGAGCACCAGCUGUGUUUGAAGGUGUUCGGUUUUCAAAUAUAGAAUUUAAAUAUCCAACACGUUUGGAUGUGAAAAUUUUGAAUGGACUAAAUUUGGAAGUACCCAAAGGAAAAACUGUGGCCUUGGUUGGACGUUCAGGAUGUGGAAAGUCCACUUGUAUUCAACUGUUAAUGCGCUUAUAUGAUCCAGAUAGCGGUACCAUUAAACUGAAUGAAGAUGAUAUCCACAAAGACGUAUCUAUUGAAAGCUUAAGAAGAAAACUAGGACUUGUUUCGCAGGAGCCAUCUCUUUUUGAACGCACAAUUGCUGAAAACAUAGCCUAUGGUGAUAACUCGCGCAAAGUGACAAUGGAUGAAAUAAUAGGAGCAGCAAAAUGUGCAAAUGCACACUCUUUCAUUAUGUCGUUGCCAAAUGGGUAUGAUACACGUUUGGGUGCACGUGGAACUCAACUAUCCGGUGGUCAAAAGCAGCGUAUUGCCAUCGCACGAGCUUUGAUUCGGAAUCCUAAAAUCCUGUUACUGGAUGAGGCAACUUCGGCUUUAGAUUUACAAAGUGAACAGCUGGUACAACAGGCUCUAGAUGUAGCUUGCACUGGUAGGACUUGUGUAGUCAUAGCACAUCGCCUGUCCACAGUGCAAAAUGCUGAUGUAAUCUGUGUUUUGAAAAAUGGAAAAAUAGUAGAAAUUGGUAAUCAUCAACAACUGAUUGCACUCAAUGGAAUUUACGCCAAACUUCACAAAAUGCAGAGCCACGAGAAAUAA